GGACUGGACGUGCCUCGGCCUGUCCCGGCGGGAGCCCCGAGCCCUGGGGCUGGCGGCGGUCGUCUUGGGCCACCACCCAGCGAAGGGGGGUUAGAGGCAGCGGGAUUGAUGCGGUUGUUUCCGCGGGACGAUAGCAUCGGCUCUCCGCUGGCGCUGCCUGCGGCGGCGGGUGUUUUACGUAGCGCCGGGAGCCGGGCAGGGAAGGGCCGGGCCGGCUGUGAGUGGGGGACGGGCUGCGGGCCCUGGGUGGGAGGGUCCUGGCGCCUCUGGGGGCAUCUUGGGCCCGACUCGCGGGUGUCGGGGGGCUCGGGGAGCCAGGCGGCAUCGCAGCUGCUGUGGAAGAGGCCGCACGCCGGGGCGGGCGUCAGUCGGUGUGUGCCGCAAGGCCCCGCGGCGGCCUUUCGUGGUGCGGGCCUGAGGCACAGGGCACGCUCCCCCCAAGCGAACCGAACCGCCCCCUGCACUGUCGGGUAUAGGGGGCAGAGGCGGUCUGGAAACAGAGCAUCUCUUGUGAAGUGAUUUUCUGACUGUUCCCUGCGGUGGGUGCCACCCAUCCGUGUGACGGCACCUGUCCGGUGCGCAGAUUUGGUGUAAACAAUACUACGGAAAGAAGAUGACCCAUUGGUUUCAUCGCAACCCUUUGAAGGCUACAGCUCCUGUUUCUUUUAAUUUUUAUGGGGUAGCUACCACUCCAGCUGCAACAAAGGCUUGCAAUGAGUUGAGGUCAUCUCGAACACGACUAUUGGAGCUUUUUACAGACUCAAGUUGUAAUCCAGAAAUGAUGAAGAAUGCAGCUGACUUGUACUUUUCACUCUUGCAAGGUUUUAUCGUUUCACUGGAUGACUCUUCCCAAGAAUGCAAGUUGAGAUACAUUCAGAAUUUCAAGUGGACAGACACAUUACAAGGACAAGUUCCAAGUGCCCAGCAGGAUGCAGUGUUUGAACUGAUUUCCAUGGGAUUCAACGUAGCUCUGUGGUACACAAAAUAUGCAUCAAGACUGGCUGGAAAAGAAGAUAUAACAGAAGAAGAAGCAAAAGAUGUUCACAGAAGCCUGAAGAUAGCAGCUGGGAUUUUUAAACACUUGAAGGAAAGUCACAUUCCAAAAUUGAUUACACCUGUAGAAAAGGGAAGAGAUUUAGAAGCUCGACUUAUGGACUCUUACAUCAUACAAUGCCAAGCUGAAGCUCAAGAAGUGACAAUUGCUCGGGCUAUUGAGCUGAAACACAAUCCAGGACUUAUAGCUGCUCUUGCUUAUGAAACAGCUAACUUCUACCAAAAAGCUGAUAAAACAUUAUCCAGUUUGGAUCCAGUCUAUGCAGGUAAAUGGAGGAAGUACUUAAACUUGAAGACCUGUUUCUAUAUGGCCUAUGCCUACUGUUACCAUGGUCAGACCUUACUGGCGAGUGACAAGUGCGGGGAAGCAAUCAGAUCUCUGCAGGAGUCAGAAAAAUUUUUUGCCAAGGCUGAAGCAUUAUGCAAAGAAUACGGAGAAACCAAAGGGCCUGGGACUACUGCUAAACCUUCUGGACAUCUCUUCUUUAGGAAAUUAGGAAGUCUUAUUAAGAACACACUAGAAAAAUGCCAGAGAGAGAAUGGAUUCAUCUAUUUUCAGAAGGUGCCAACAGAGGCUCCCCAGCUGGAACUGAAAGCAAACUAUGGCUUAGUAGAGCCUGUUCCUUUUGAAUUUCCUGCCUUGAAUGCACAGUGGACUCCUGAAACACUUGCAGCAUUUGAUCUCACCAAGAGGCCAAAGGAUGACACUGCUAAACCAAAACCAGAUGAAGAAGUAAAACCUCUGAAGGAACCAGAUAUAAAGCCUCAAAAAGAUAGCGGAUGCCAGAUUUCUUAAGUGCCAUAAGUGCUUCAGAUUCACUUUAAAACUGUAUUAGUUGGACUUAAGGGCUUUUGUUCUGUUCUCCAUUUUUCUGAUUCCUCUUUUUUAAUUUAGAAGAGUUACAACUUUUCUUAGUAUGCCUCUAUCUUGCACAAGAAUGUGAUGGGAUUUCUAGGAGUUUGUUUAUAUGCAACUGAUUUCUGUGUUUAGUUGUGUAUCAUAGACUGAGCGGGCUUAAAUGUUCCUAUUGUGCCUCUAGGGAGUUUCUGUUUGUGGGUUUAGUUUGUACCCUCGAACAGCAAAGGAAGUAUUAUGCUUUUAACACUUGAGAGUUUUUCCAUUAACUUCUAUGGUAUAUAAUAUCAGAUUCUGUAAUCAGAAAUUUGCAAGAAUUGUUAUAUUUAUUCAGGCUUCACACCCUGUUGUAUUGAGCAAAAAAAUCUGGGUUUGGUUUAUAACAUGUCUAUGGUGUUUCACAGGACUUGAAAAACAGUGUUCUGCAUAACUGGAACACCAUUCAUAUUUUUCUGAAACUGUUAGUGUCUGCUCUUUCCUCUAUAGAUUAGGGUUCUUGUAUCAGAAUUUGUAGUAAGAUAUUUUAGCUUAUCUGUCCUUAAAUUAAAAGCCUUUAAUAUCAAAGUGUAUGUGCAAAUGAUGCAGCAAGUAAGAGAAAGUGCUUGAAAAUAAUGCAUCACAGUCAUUAAUUGAAGUCUUUAAAGCUUUAAAAAUUUGGUAAGUUUGAAAGCUGCAGACAGGUGAAAUAUCCUGGCACUAGAAAAGUUUGAAUCCAUUUGAAUGCCUGAAGUUGUCAUGCAUAAGGUAGUGGAAUUGUAACCAAGAUGCUGUUUUUCCAUCUGGGUAGCAUCUGUAAGUAGCUAUUAAGAGAACAGAGAAAAAGAUGAGCUGGAGAGCUAAGUUUUGGUUAGUAUGCCUCCUUUAAGGAUCAGGAUGCAGUUAGCUCUGUUUAGUCAUCACGAUUUAGUUCUCAUUGCUGUUCUGAUGCCUUUAUGUGCUAAUAUGUACAUGUCUCAACCUAAUUUAUUCUCUUCCUCUGCAGACUAAAUGCCAUUUUCCCCUCAGUCUGCUGCAUGCUAUGGCACAGACAUAGCCUUACCUGUUAAUGCACAUGUAGAUGCUGGGACUCAUUUUUAGUGAGGCUUUGGACCAUGGAUAUAUUUCAGUGUAUGGAUAUCUUAAAAUGCACAGAUUAUGGCUAAAUCACUCCCAAACAACUUCAGGAAAUAAUAUUUCAAGGAUUUGCAAUUCUUAAUUUUUCAGACACUUUCUUGAACCAAGUGGUUUGUUUGUAUCAAGUUCACUGUAGUGGUCAUAACCAAGUGGAUUGUGUCAGAUUAUGGCAUUACGUAAGCCUUGCUGUGUGACCUCUUAUGCAUUGCUGUUUCAGUAAAUAUGAUGUAGUAGUUUAAAAAUAGUCUAAUGGAACAAACUGAUUUACUUAACACGUGUUGUUUUUCAUGAUAAACUUGUUUAGUUGUAGCUAAAAUCCCACGGCAAACACUGAAUAGUUUUGCCCCAAAAUAAGAAACUGGAGACUGAUUAGUUUGCAAAGUAUAAAGAGCUGUGAGUCAACAAGCAGUUUCUCUUUGGGUUUUUUGAGUAGUAGCAAGAAUCAUUGUAAAUAAUAUGUGGAUUAACUGUCCAGUAUUCUUAGGAAUAUGGCUGAAUUGACUGAAUUUUUCUGUUAAUCUGGAAUCCUAGCAGCCAAGUUCCUUCUAUUAUGUUUUCCCUUAGGAAUUUUUAAGAAUGAGGUAUUUUGAAUGGUGACUUCUUAAUACAUUAAUGCUGAGAGAGCCUUUUUUUUGUGGCCUCUUUCUGGUUUUAGAGACUCUUAUGGCUAAACUUGCAAAUCUUGCUAGUGUAAAUAGUCUUUACAAAUAGUGCCCAGUGUCAGCUAGGAUGACACUGAAGCUAAAAUACAUAAUGCUGGGCCCUCUGUUUUGUGCUUUUAAAAAUGUGUUGAUUUUUUUCAGUCUAUUGUAAAGAAAAUCAAUAAGUUCUUUGUAAGAUUUCUAUUUAAAUACUUUCCUUCAUGUACUUAAAUACACUCCCUCCGUGUUUUGCAUUCCUGGGUUUACAGUAGUCAAUCUCCAUCCAGAACGUGACACUCCUAGAAUUGAGAGACUAAAUUUGGCCCUUGGAUUCUGAUAUCUGCCUAGAUAGAGGAAUUCAAUAGAGGAAUUUUGACUGUCAGCCUAAGAAUGACAUUUAGUCACUUACAUGUGCAGCAUGGAUAUGUGGUGCAUCUGCAACAAUGGUAUUGGUUCAUAGUAUCUGUGUACCAUGUAUGUAUGUAGAAUAUAGUCAACUUUGCACUUUAGAAAUUUCUAAUUUCUUUCAAUUUUGGUACAAUAGAAUAUGGUUGUAAAUACUCCUUUCUGUCAAUUUAAUUUUGUUGCACUGAUUUAAGUACUGUGCUAUUCAUAAAAUUUUUUAUGGGAAACACUACUAAAAUGUAUUUUAAUUGUUUGUGUAGAAAACAAACUCAUUAAGUGUGUCUCUACCUUUGCUAUUGGGAGAACAUGAGAGAAGGCAAUAAUUCAUCUGCUUUCUGUGUCAAUUCAGAGAAAUUAGAACUGAGGCAUUAUACAUUUUAUGGCCUCCCUACACCUAGUAUCUGAACUUAAGUUUCAGUAUUAACAUAAAUCUUGCUCAUGCAUAUUAAUUAUCCCUAACAAAAAAUUUGGCAGGUCUCUAAAGAUCACUGCCAAAUUAUAAGAUGGGGGGGGGAGUGUGUGGAUUUGUUUUGUUUUAGUUUUUUCUUUUACCCUAUUAGACCCAGUUACAGUGAAGAAUAAAGUACAGUGAGUGUGAUUGGUAUGGAAAAAGCCCCUUCAGUGGGUACUUGUCUCCAGAUUUUUAGUGCAGUAUAAAGGCAGUUCCACCAUGACCAUUGGUUUCAGUCAAAUCCUGCUGGUGAUGCUCUCAAGUUCAACAAAUGUCACGUGGUAACUGGGGAGGCCCUUUAUCAGCUUUUAUGUAGGAAGUCUUUCCUCUUUUGGUGCUGGUGUCUGCAUGGAUUACAACCUUCUUGAAGCCAUCCUGUAUGCUUAAGUGAUCAAACUUAAAUGGAAGCAGCUCUCAUGGGAUUGGCCAAGCAGCCUUAUUUUGUGAAGAUAUUCACCAUGCAAUCUUAAGCUUCAUAGUUUGAAGAUUUGUACAUAACUACAAGUUUCAGAAUACUAUUUAAAAUAAACAAUUUUAAU